AUGGGCUUACGAGCCUUGAAAUGGCCCUUGACCCGCACGGAGGUGCAGGGUCUAAUACAGAACCUGGAGAGAUAUAAAUCCUCAUUCCUCUUAUCUUUACAGGUGGACCAGACCUCCCUGAUGAUCAGUAUGGCUAAAAAUACGGAUCGGAUUAAUCAACAUGUUGAUCUUGGAAAGUUGGAAGGCGCAGUUGAUGCAGGGUUCGAGUCAUUCUCCGAUCGUGACGAAGUCGAAUGUCUUCAAGGCACAAGAACCGAGCUCCUUCGAGAAAUAACGGAGUGGGCUUUUUCGCCAUCCUCGAAAAGUAUUUUCUGGUUGCAGGGGAUGGCGGGGACAGGAAAAUCCACCAUCUCUCGGACGGUGGCAAGGUCGGCCAAGAAUCGUAAUCACCUGGGUGCCAGCUUCUUUUUUAAGAGAGGCGAGGCGGACCGAGGAAGCGCAAAGAAAUUUUUCCCGACAUUAUCCAGACAACUGAUACUGUGGGACCCAGAGUUACAACCUGGCGUGAAAAAGGCACUUAACGAUGACCCAGACAUAGCGUCGAAAUCGCUCAGGGAGCAAUUCGAAAAACUCCUCCUUCAACCGUUGCUCGGUCUUGACCAACGCGAUCAAUUGCCCCAGAAUACUGUGAUUGUUAUAGAUGCUUUGGAUGAAUGUGAGCACGACCAAGAUAUUCGAAAUAUUAUUCGAUUGCUCCCUCGUCUGCAGGAGGUCAAAUCACUUUGCCUUCGUGUCUUUCUGACCAGCAGACCAGAGCUCCCCAUCAGCCUUGGGUUUUCAGAGAUCGGGAACCAUGUAUACCAGGACUUGGCUCUCCAUGAGAUACCCGAAGAGGUGACGGAAACCGACAUACAGUUAUUCCUACGACAUCGAUUUACGGAGAUCCGGCAUGAUAGAAAAGUCCCUCAGGAUUGGCCUGGCGACAAUAUUAUACAACAAUUGGUUGAGAUAUCCGUUCCGCUGUUUAUUUCGGCUGCCACUGUGUGUCGCUACGUCGAGAAUCCAAACUGGGAACCUAAAUUCCGUCUCGCAGAGCUUCUCAAGGACCAAGCCAAAUAUGUGUCCAAAAUGGACAAGACAUAUCUGCCAAUUCUCACGCGGCUCCUCGAUGACCAUGAGAGUGAUGAGAGUGAAAAACAGCAACUUCUACAAGAGUUUCAGGAUAUUGUGGGAGUUAUUAUCCUUCUUGCUGUUCCGCUUUCUAUAAACACACUAUCUCCGUUUCUUGGAAGAGAAAGGGACCAGAUCAGCAAUCGAUUGGAUUCCUUUCGAUCGGUUCUUAGCAUCCCCAGCGACGAUAAUCAGCCUGUUAGAACUCUGCAUCUCUCAUUUCCGGAAUUCUUAGGCCAGACUACAUCCAAAUUUCGUGUGGAUGCGCCAACCAAACAUAAAGACAUUGCAGAAUCCUGCCUGAGGACUAUGGGGCAUCGUCUACGGAGAGAUAUCUGCAAACUGGCAGAUCCUGGGGCGCGUAGGGCAGAGAUCGACCCUCUGCAUAUCCAUAAAUCUCUACCCUCGGAAUUGCAAUACUCCUGUCGCUACUGGACGCAUCAUCUCAAAAAUAGCCACGCUUUAUCUUCUGACAUAGAAGAGGUGCAGCUGUUCCUCCAGAAACAUUUUCUUCAUUGGAUGGAAGCGAUGAGUCUGCUAGGUCUUAUAUCGGACAUGACGGGUAUGCUCGACAUUCUCCUAACAAUGGUGACAGACCAGGACGUUAAUCCUAGUCUGGCCGCCUUUCUACAUGAUGCAAAGCGGUUUGUCCUAAAAAAUCGACAGAUAGUCGAUGAAGCGCCGCUUCAAACAUAUUAUGCAGGGUUGAUAUUUGCGCCUCGAACGGCAAUAAUUCGCGAGCAGUUCCAAUCAGAGCUUCCUGAUUGGAUUACCCGCUUCCCACAAGUUCACGAGAACUGGAGUGCAGAGCUGCAGACGCUUGAGGGCCAUACAAGCUCGGUUCAGUCCGUGGCAUUCUCCCCCGAUGGCCGGCUGCUGGCGUCCGGCUCGCAUGAUAAGACUGUACGGCUCUGGGAUCCGGCCACGGGCGCUCUCCAGCAGACGCUCAAGGGCCAUACAAGCUCGGUUCAGUCCGUAGCCUUCUCACCCGAUGGCCGGCUGUUGACGUCCGGCUCGAGCGAUAAGACUGUACGGGUCUGGGAUCCGGCCACGGGCUCUUCCCAGCAGACGCUCGAGGGCCAUACAAACUGGGUUCUGUCGGUGGCCUUCUCCCCCGAUGGCCGGCUGCUGGCGUCCGCCUCGGACGAUAAGACUAUACGGGUCUGGGAUCCGGUCACGGGCGCCCUCCAGCAGACGCUCAAGGGCCAUACAAACUCAGUUCUGUCGGUGACCUUCUCACCCGAUGGCCGGCUGUUGACGUCUGGCUCGAGCGAUAAGACUAUACGGGUCUGGGAUCCGGCCACGGGCGCUCUCCAGCAGACGCUCAAUGGCCAUACAAGCUGGAUUCAGUCCGCGGCUUUCUCCCCCGAUGGCCGGCUGCUGGCGUCCGGCUCGGACGACAAGACUAUACGGGUCUGGGAUCCGGCCACGGGCGCUCUCCAGCAGACGCUCAAGGGCUAUACAAAAUCAGUUCUGUCGGUGACCUUCUCCCCCGAUGGCCGGCUACUGGCGUCUGGCUCGAACGAUAAGACUAUACGGGUCUGGGAUCCGGCCACGGGCGCUCUCCAGCAGACGCUCAAUGGCCAUACAAGCUGGAUUCAGUCCGUGGCUUUCUCCCCCGAUGGUCGGCUGUUGGCGUCCGGCUCGAGCGAUGAGACUAUACGGAUCUGGGAUCCGGCCACGGCCACCCUUCAGCAGACGCUCAAGGGCCAUACAAAAUCAGUUCUGUCGGUGACCUUCUCCCCCGAUGGCCGGCUGUUGGCGUCCGGCUCGUACGAUAAGACUAUACGGGUCUGGGAUCCGGCCACGGGAGCCCUCCAGCAGACGCUUAAAGGCCGUAUAGAUUCGGUUAGGUCCGUAACCUUCUCACCCGAUGGCCGGCUAUUGGCGUCCGGCUCGAGCGAUGAGACUAUACGGGUCUGGGAUCCGGCUAUAGGCUCCCUCCAGCGGACGCUCAAGGGCCAUACAAAAUCAGUUCUGUCGGUGACCUUCUCACCCGAUGGCCGGCUACUGGCGUCUGGCUCGAGCGAUAAGACUAUACGGGUCUGGGAUCCGGCCACGGGAGCCCUCCAGCAGACGCUUAAAGGCCGUAUAGAUUCGGUUAGGUCCGUAACCUUCUCACCCGAUGGCCGGCUAUUGGCGUCCGGCUCGACCUAUACCGCCCUUCAGCGGACGCUCAAGGGCCAUACAAGCUGGAUUCCGUCCCUGGCCUUCUCACCUGAUGGCCGGCUACUGGCGUCCGGCUCGAGCGAUAAGACUAUACGGGUCUGGGAUCCGGCCACGGGAGCCCUCCAGCAGACGCUCGAGGGCCAUAUAGAUUCGGUUAGGUCCGUAACCUUCUCACCCGAUGGCCGGCUAUUGGCGUCCGGCUCGAGCGAUAAAACUGUACGGGUCUGGGAUCCGGCCACGGGAGCCCUCCAGCAGACGCUCAAGGGCCAUAUAGAUUCGGUUAGGUCGGUGACCUUCUCACCCGAUGGCCGGCUGCUGGCGUCCGGCUCGUACGAUGAGACUAUACGGGUCUGGGAUCCGGCCACGGGCGUUCUGAAGGAAAUCUUGAGCACUGAUGGUGCUGUCACGUUGGUCGAAUUUUCGCAAGACAGCUCCUAUCUCGCCACUAACCUAGGAUCGUUCAAGAUCCAAUUCCCCUGUGGCCAGUAUAUCGCCGAUUCACCGAAUAUGGACCCGCACAUAUCUCUACAGAGAGAAUGGAUAGCUGUAAAUGGGCAACGCGCCAUAUGGCUCCCUCCCGAAGCUAGGUUUUCUUGUUCAGCGGCCAGGGCGAACAGACUCGCCUUAGGACAUCCGUCAGGUCGGGUUUCCUUUUUCGAGUUUCGGAAAUAA